CCCUCCGUCAUUCUGACUGUCGCUCUCUACCUCGCUUCUUCCUCCUUUUUUGCACGUACGCAGUGGACUUUUUGAAGCCCUCGAGUCUGAGCGAACAGGAAACAACCAUGAGGUCAAGGGCACGUUCCCAUCUGCUGCUCCUGCUCUGGGCCUCAGCGCUGGUGACCUCGACCCCCUCUCCAGAGCCUUUAGAAGUGUCCCUGUGGAAAAGUGUGGUCCUGCCCUGCUUCGCUCCUCCAGGGACCAACCUCCAGGAUGUGGUUCUGGAAUGGACCCGAGAGGACCUGGAAAACAACAACGUCUUCCUGUUCCGAGAUGGACGACCCUACCUGGUCUAUCAGCACGGACAGUUCAAGGAUCGCGUAGAACUCAAAGACCCGUCCUUCAAAAACGGAAACCUGUCCAUGACCCUGAAGGACGCCAGCCAUGAGGACAGCGGUCGGUACCGAUGCACCGUCUUCAGCUCAUCACACGUCAAGAAACGCUCCGUGUACAACACACCGCCGGUCAAAGUCAUCGACCUCAAAGUAGUCGAUCCAGAGCCUGAGAGGAUCCGGGCACUUCCUGGACAAGACGUGGUCCUAAAGAUGGAGCCUGUGGACUACCCUGUGACCUCCAUCAUGUGGAAACGCCCCGAAGAUGAAGAACACUUCGUGUUUCUCCACGGCAUGGGCCACCCGCACCACCAGCACCCACAGUACGACGGCCGUGUCCAACUAAAGAACCAAGACCAGAACCAAGACCAGAUCCAAGACCUGUCCGUGGUCCUGCACAGAGUCCAGCCCGGCGACAGCGGAGAGUACCACGGCUACAUCGUCCAAUCACAGCACCGCAUGAAGAGGGACACUGACCAAUCAAAACCUGCCAAAGUGAUCAUCCUCGAUGUGUUGGCAAGUGGGGCCUGCAGGUGCGAAGCUGGAGUUGGUUUUGUGGCCGCCGUCUUCAUCUCAUUGAUACUUCACUUCUUCAAAUAGUAAAGGUGUCAUUUGUUUAUUUGAUUUUGUUUGAGAAUUAAAAAACUUAAAGAGGGGGUAUUCUGAACAAUUGACUUUCUGGAACUUUCGACGAAGUUCUAAUGUUUCCUCAUCCAAAACACGUCUAAGGAGGUUUUAGAUUCAUCAAUGCAUAUUUGAGUAAUCUAGUGAUCUCUCCUGGGCCCUAUUCCGCCCACAGGUCUACACGCGCCCUCACGGGACAAUUCUCCAGAAAUAUACAAAAACA